AUGAAAGAUUCACUUGUUGAAGAGCAGAUAGAUGAACACCAUUAUUUAGAUGAUGAUGAUAAAAGACCAGCGAUGAUUGCACAAUUAGAUAGCUUACAGAAACUAAAAGAGAUUGGCUGGUACUGGGGCUGUUUGAGCUGGAGCGAAGCGGAAAAAUUAUUAAAAGAUAAACAAGAUUAUUCAUUUAUUGUACGCGAUAGCAGUCAUCGACAUUAUUUUCUCGCAAUUACGUUUAAAAGCAAUGGAAGUAUUCAUCAUGCAAGAAUUGAACAUACUAAUAAUGCAUUCAGUUUUCAAAAUAAUCCUUCAAAAUCACAAUGUACAUCACCGGAUGUUAUCAAAUUUAUCGAAAAUACAAUUGAACAUUCAAAAAAUGGUCAAAAUUUGUUUUUUAUUCGUACAAAUGUGGAUGGACAAUCAUUGACUCCUGUGCGAUUAUUAUAUCCUGUUUCACGUUUAUCUCACAUGACAUCGUUGAAACAUAUAUCCCGGUUUUUAAUUCAUCGAUAUAUUAGGCGUGAUCGUAUUGAAGAAUUAAAUAUUCCUGUACGUCUCAAAAGCUAUUUGAAAGAACCACAAAUUUAUACAGAAUUAAAACUUUGA